CACAAAAAAAAAUGCGUCAAUUUACUGCCAUAAUUUCUGUAGCCAUCGUGUUGGCUUUGGCUGUCUGUGUGUCGGGAGCCAUUCCAAUGAGAAACUUUUCAAAGGAGAAGAUGAAGGGAGUGAGUGGUGAAUCAUUGAUGGUUGUUCCUCUUCAGGAUUAUAACAAUUUCUAUUAUUAUGCCAAUGUACAUUUUGGUUCAGAUAAGAGUAAUACUUUCAAGCUUAUGGUUAAUACUAAUGGAGGAUUAUUGACUGUUACUUCUACAUUGUGUGGAAUGCAAUGUUUCAGACAUCCAAAGUAUGAUUCUUCCAAGUCAAGCACUUACAAGAAAGAUGGAAGACAAGUUGAUUGGUAUUUGGGAGAAUUUGAAUUCUUUGGAACACUUGCCAAUGAUCAAAUGGGACUUAUUUUGGAUAAUGGAGCUGAUUUGACAAUUAAGAAUGUUACUUUUGCUGAAUUGGUUAAGAGUGAUGAUUCUUUUGAGGAAAGCUUUUUGCAAUUUGAUGGAUUCCUUGGUUUGAAUUUGAGUCCAGAACCAAGUGCAAACUAUGUCUAUUCAUUCCCAUCCAUUAUGGAUUAUGUUGUGCAACAAAAACUAGUUAGCAGCUAUGUCUUUUCUAUUUAUUUGAGUGAACUCAAGAAUCCAAAUCAACAAAAGCAAAAGGGUAAAGGAGCUUUGGUUUUGGGUGGUUACUCAACUGAUUACUAUAAGGGUCCAAUGAAUUUCUAUCCAAUUCCAACUGGUUCAAAGAAUUGGAUGAUUGAAUUCGAUGGUCUUAAGGUUAAUGGUAAUUUGGUCAAUUAUUUAACAUGUGGUCCUGGUACUGGAGUCAAGUGUCUUGCUACUUUUGAUACAAGUGCUUAUGCCAUGUUUACUGAUCCAAUCACCUUCUCUGCUAUGCAACUUUUUGCCAAUGUCAGUCUUCCAGCUGAUUGUUCUCAAAUUCAAUUCUCUAGAAUUCCAACCUUUACUUUUGUCAUUGGUGGCAAUGAAUAUUCUAUUGAACCACAUAACUUUGUCAUUGAAAACAAGCCACCAAUCUUUGGACCUUCUGUCUGUCAAGGUGGUAUCAAUAAGGCCGAUCAACUCAAAGCUGGUCAAUGGAUCUUUGGUUCUCUCUUCCAAUCUCUCUUCUACACUGUUUAUGAUAAGCAAAAUAUGAGAAUUGGUUUGGCCAACGCCAUCCACAACUAAUUAUGCCAACAAUUUGCAUUCCUGAGAAAAAACAUAAAAAACAAUUUUGAUUAAU